AACACACACAAAAAAAACUUUUAUUUCCAAGUGCCCAAGAUUAGGAAAAUUGAAAGAAAGAACGUUGACACAAACAGUGUUUCUCCCUAAUUCUCCAACUCUAGUCUGAUGAGCUCCUACGAUAUGUGCCUCGUAGUCCUUCAAUCGUUUUAAUUUCAAUUUACCAGACCUUCAAAAUUAUUUGGGGACCAGAUUGUAGAAGUUUAGGGUGUUUAGAAGUCGUUUUAAAUUAUGGGAUUGGGAGAAGAAGCGGAUCUUCUCGACGACGGCGAUAGCGGAGUGUACAAAGCGGCGGCGGUAUCGUGCUCUAUUUGCUUGGAGGCUGUCACCGAUAACGGAGACAGAUCUUGGGCUAAGCUUCAAUGUGGCCAUCAAUUUCACCUAGAUUGCAUUGGUUCGGCAUUCAAUAUAAAGGGAUCUAUGCAGUGCCCCAACUGUCGGAAAAUUGAGAAAGGACAAUGGCUAUAUGCAAAUGGUAGUCGUCCACUACCUGAGUUUAGUAUGGAUGAUUGGGCCCAUGACGAGGAUCUCUAUGAUAAUUAUUCUGAAAUGUCAUUUGGAGUUCAUUGGUGUCCGUUCAAUGGGUUAACAAGGCUCCAAUCAUCCUUUGAUGAAGGAGAGUUUUCAUCAAGCACAUAUCACGAUCUUGUUGGACAUCAUGCCGUCUUUGCUGAACAUACGCCUGUAUCAUCCACGACUCAUCCUUGCCCAUAUAUUGCUUAUUUUGGGCCAGUACAUCCAUCUUCUACAGCAUCAAGUACUAGUGUUUCAGACGGAUCCAAUUAUAGUAACCACUGGACUGGGCCGACAGUUCCUAGUGAAGUUCCUAAUUCAUAUGCGUUUCCUUCGAUGGACAUGCACUAUCAAAAUUGGGACCAUUCAUCUCAAUUUGCUCCAAAUAACCGGAUUGUUGGAGCAGACCAACCCCUGAUUACACCCAUGACUCAGAGAACAACGAGGAAUAGUUCUGAUAUCCCAUGGGCUGGAAUGCAUCCAUCCUUCAUGCUUGGUCACAGUUCUGCCAGCAGAGCUCCCAGCUCGGGAACCUCUGUCCCAACACCAUACCCUGGAACUGUUGCCCGAACUCGUGACCGUCCAUCUCGUCAAGCAUACUUCCAGCAGUCUAGCAGUAACCCAUCAGCACGCAAUCCUGUUUUACCCACCGGACGAAGAUCCAGCAGUCAUAGGAGUUCAGCUCAUGCUGCCCCAGUUGCCUCGGCAUCUGACCAGUCUGGUGGGUUUUACUUCUUCUCAGGUUCUUCAGGGAGAAACGUCCAUGAAAUGGAAAAUUCCCACCAUGAUCAUUUCCAUGGAUGGGAGCGAGAACAACCCUCCUUUCCCUCAAGCCAGGUCGAUAGAGAUUCAAUAUGGGGCCCUUUUCAGCCACCAGCUCCUGCAGCUGAGACCAGAACCAGACCCAACGGUUUCCGCCAGAGGCAUGGAUCUGAUAGGCUGCCAUCUCAUAAUCGGUCAUAGGUAUUUUAGUUGUGUUCUGGUGAAAAACUGUGACUACCAUGACUGGUACCAGAUGAUGUAUGUUUGUGCAAUGAUCUAUAAUGGUUGGAAUAUUCCGAGCACUGAAACUACCGUGGCAUUGAAACUAUCGGUUUCACUCGCCACCGGCAUUGUGUGAUGGACUUCGGGUUCCUAUUGGUUUUAUGCUCCCCCUGGGGGAAUAAGACCACUUGUUUAAAGUAAAGAAGUUCGCUUGUGGUCCCUUCAUUUCAAGGGAUUCUAA